CACAAAGCCUCCCUCUCUAGCUGCAUUCCAGUCGUUCCCCACUCUAGCGCCCCGCAGUGUGGAAGACCGUUGGGGGAGGGAAGGUCAGUCGGAUAAGAAACGACAGAAGUGUGUCCCCGUUGCUUCCGGUCUUAGAUUGGGAGCCAGCGCCUUCGCUGCUCCGCAGGGGAAGCGACGCGGCUGCCGGGAAGAUGGCGGCGACGGCGACCCUGGCAUCCUCAACUACGGCCUCGGCUACGGCGGCGGCUCUCGGGGAGGUGGAGGAUGAAGGCCUCCUGGCGUCUCUCUUCCGAGACCGGUUUUCCGAGGCUCAGUGGCGGGAGCGGCCCGAUGUGGGACGCUACCUCCGGGAGUUGAGCGGCUCGGGGCUGGAGCGGCUGCGGCGCGAGCCCGAGCGCUUGGCAGAGGAGCGGGCACAGCUGCUGCAGCAGACGCGCGACCUGGCCUUCGCCAACUACAAGACGUUCAUCCGCGGCGCCGAGUGCACCGAGCGCAUCCACCGCCUCUUCGGCGACGUCGAGGCGUCGCUUGGCCGUCUGCUCGACCGCUUGCCCAGCUUCCAGCAGAGCUGCAGGAACUUCAUGAAGGAGGCUGAGGAGAUCAGCUCCAACCGCCGGAUGAACACCCUGACUCUGAACCGGCACACGGAGAUUCUGGAAAUCCUGGAGAUUCCUCAACUCAUGGACACCUGUGUCCGGAACAACUAUUAUGAAGAGGCCCUGGAGCUUGCAGCCUAUGUACGCCGACUGGAAAGGAAAUACUCCUCCAUCCCUGUCAUCCAGGGCAUUGUGAGUGAAGUGCGCCAGUCCAUGCAGCUGAUGCUGAGUCAACUGAUCCAGCAACUGAGGACCAGCAUCCAGCUCCCUGCCUGCCUCCGUGUCAUUGGCUACCUGCGGCGCAUGGAUGUCUUCACAGAGGCUGAGCUGAGGGUGAAGUUUCUUCAGGCCCGAGACACUUGGCUCCGUUCCAUCCUCACUGCCAUCCCCAAUGAUGAUCCGUAUUUCCAUAUCACAAAAACCAUCGAAGCCUGCCGUGUCCAUCUCUUCGAUAUCAUAACCCAGUAUCGUGCUAUCUUCUCAGAUGAGGACCCACUGCUGCCCCCUGCCUUGGGUGAAUAUACCAUGAACGAGAAUGCUAUUUUCCAUGGCUGGGUGCUGCAGAAGGUCUCACAGUUCCUGCAGGUGCUGGAGACUGACCUUCUCCGGGGAGUAGGUGGUCGCCUGGACUCCCUGUUGGGCCAGUGCAUGUACUUUGGGCUGUCCUUCAGCCGAGUGGGGGCUGAUUUCCGGGGCCAGUUGGCUCCUGUUUUCCAGCAGGUGGCCAUCAGCACUUUCCAGAAAGCAAUUCAGGAAGCAGUAGAGAAAUUCCAGGAUGAAAUGAACUCCUACACCCUCAUGUCAGCUCCUGCUAUCCUGGGCAGCAGUAACAUGCCUGCUGCCGUGCCGGUGACUCAACCAGGGACGCUGCAGCCACCCAUGGUGCUGUUGGACUUCCCACCCCUUGCCUGCUUCCUCAACAAUAUUCUGGUCGCCUUCAAUGACCUGCGCCUCUGCUGCCCUGUGGCCCUGGCACAGGACGUGACUGGGGCCCUGGAGGAUGCCCUUGCCAAGGUAACCAAAAUAAUCCUGGCCUUCCAUCGUGCUGAGGAGGCUGCCUUCAGUGUUGGGGAGCAAGAGCUCUUCAUCCAGUUCUGCACUGUCUUCCUGGAAGACCUUGUUCCGUAUUUAAAUCGUUGUCUCCAAGUCCUUUUUCCACCAGCUCAGAUAGCACAGACAUUAGGUAUUCCACCCACUCAGCUCUCCAAGUAUGGGAACCUCGGGCAUGUGAACAUCGGUGUCAUCCAAGAGCUUCUCGCCUUUAUCCUGCCAAAGAGAGAGAUGGUUCUUUCCUUAGAUGAAAAGGAACUCGUGCUUGAGCUCACAUCUCCAGCCCCAGAACUUCCAGUGAAGGAACCAAGGCUGGACCCGAGAGGAGAGCCGGUGGUGUGGCAGGCAAGUGGGUGGGCAGCCCGUAUAAUCCAGCAUGAGAUGGACCACUUGCAGGGCUGCCUGUUCAUUGACAAAAUGGACAGCAGGACGUUUACAAACAUCCACUGGAUGGAAGUGAAUGACUAAAGUUUUCCUGCUGCUUCUGACCAGGACACAAACGCAGUGGCUUUGAGCCAGGCACAUGUUAACAUGAUUUGAAUCCAACAGAAAACAAUGUACCGCCAAAGCAUGCCAAACCCAGUUGUAGGAAAAUGUUUGCUGUGAAAUCAGCUAUGGACAAAAUAUUGCCUUCAACUUGAGAAGAAAAAUAAAUCCCCUGAAGGAGCAGGCAUUUCCUCACAAUUUUUUGUGGAAAUCAGUGGAGCGGGUAAAUAACCAUUCUCAGUAGAAAUUGUUUCAUAAGACCUGUGUAUAAUUUAUUCCCAGAGCCAAAAUUUGGCUCAAAAUAUUUGGUGGAAAUGCUUGUUUCAAAAUGCAGGCGAGGCUGUGAUUGACCAUCUUCACCGGGUCCUUAUUUUUACAAAGGACUUGUGUGUUUGUGUCUUACACGCAGAGUCCUUGGUUGCCUUGGACACCAGUUUGCAUGUGGAAAAAAAACAUGGGAUAGAAUGGCUCCAGUUCAAGAAGUAUUUAAUGACAAACUAAUGUAAACAAGUACCUACACAAUUUAACAGGUUCAGUUAUAGCUGAGGUCUCCAUCUUUUGCAUUCCACUUUUAACAGAAUUUGCGAAGAUUUUUCUGCUCAGAUCUCUUGGGCAGCUGGUACUUGGCUCAUUCACUGGGAGGAGGCCAUGGAGCAAGGUUUGGGGAAGGGGUGAUAGUUGAGAGGAUAGUAAGCCUCUCCCUUAGUCAUAAGUAGGGCAGAAACAGCAAGCAGAACCUUUGCUUUCUGGUCACACUUGUGUUGGAAAAACAAAUUAUCAUGCUCAAGAGAUGAAGGAACUCGUUUUUUUAGAUAACUGCCUUCAUUUUAUGGCCUGAGUUUUGCAAUGUGGGUACCCUUAUCAAACAAAAUUGAAGUAUAAUAGAAAGUUCAGUAAGUUGUGUUAAAAAAAAGUAUUUAAAAUAGUUUACUAAAUUAACCCAGCCAAGACCCACUGUCUCCUAAGGCUUUCUCUAAACAGGCCAAAUCUGAGGGACCCAUAAGGCUGAGAAAAAGCAGAUGGGCACUACCUAUGUUAAAACUUUGGAGAGGAAAUCUGACCAAGCACUGCCCUGAGGUUAGGACUCGCCAUUGGGGAAGUUUGUAGAAACUCUCAUUUAUACUGAAAACAUGGGUCGUCAUGAAAGUCAGAAUUGUCACUUGGAUAAUGUUCAGAAGCUCCUGCAUUGGGCCAUUCUGAUGCUUCCAUAUAGUGUUCUGAAGUUAACAGUCCUUAGUAACAGCUUUAUGAUGUAGAUCAGUUAGCAUUUGCCUCCAGCUUCCUGAUAGGAAUAAUUCCUGACAGGGAUGAUCCCAGAGUAAAUGAUUACUCAGAGUAGCAUGUGAAGGAAGUCUAAGACUGUAUUCUGACAAAAUAUGAGAUCUACAGUUGUAACCAAAUCCGCACAGGAAGAAGGAUUUGGUCAACUAGCUCAAGAUGGUACAGCCCAAGGCAACAAAUCCUUGCAUUUCCAAUAAAGAAAAUCUCUUCUACCUGAGGCAGAUAGCAGCCCAAGAACACACAAAAGUGCCAUUUUAAGCUGAUAAAAGUUUUAGAAAUCAACUUUACCAGUAAAAGCCCAUAUAGGCAAGUUUAAAACAUACUCCCCAGGUAGGGAAGAAGAGCCUUAGAGCAAGCAUAGGGAGAAAUUCCUCUGCACAUAUUAGCCAUAUUUAACAUAAAUGUCACAUCAUGUGCUGGCAGGCAAUGUCUGAGGUUCAGCAUCUGUAUCCGUCUUAGCUUCUUUGGACUGCCGUAACAAAUUACCACAAACUGGUGACUUACAAUAAUAGACAUUUUCUCUCUCAGUUCUGGAGGACAGGAGCCUAAAAUCAAGGUGUUGCAGUGUUGGUUCCUUCGGAAGGCUUUGAGGGAAGAAUCUGUUCCAUGGCUGUCUCCUAGCUCCUGGUGUUUGCCAGGAGUCCUUGGCUUGCAGCUGCCUCCUCCUUCACUUGGCUGCCUUCUAUGUCUCUGAAUCUCUCCUCUUCUUAAAAGGACACAGUCAUUGGAUUUAGGAUUUAGGGCCCACUCUACUCCAUUGUGACCUCAUCUUAACUAAUUACAUUUGCAAAGACCCUAUGUCCAAAUAAGGUCUGAGAUUCUGGGUAGACACAAAUUUUGAGGGGGGCACUACUCACUCCAGUACAGUAGUGAAUGGGACAUUCCUUCACCCUGUUCACUGACUGUGGAGAGAGACAAAUGGGAAGUCAAGGCGUUCUGUGCAAGCUGUAACUAGAACUAGAAGGAUGAACUGUAGCAGCCCUAAAGUUUCUUUUAACCCCUGUGACUCAUAUGAAGCAGAAGAGAUGAGGAAGCAAAUGAAAGAGAGCGAGGACCUGAUUCAUGUAACUGGAUGUAGAAUAAAAAAAUACUCGUAACUAGCUGAAGUGUAGCAGUUUAGGUAGGAGGCAGUUUCAUAUCCUGACUUCUUACCAGCAUUUACAAACAUUAACUGGUGACUGAGGACACAUGACUAACCAAGUUCCCAGUUGCUGCACAGAUGCCAUCUGGAGGGCAGACUCACUGAUGCCCCAGGGAACAUGGAGAGCAGUGCUGAGGAGAGGAACCCAUCACAGGUUAGCACAAUUCAGCAGAUGCUCCUAACUAGAUAAAAGAAACACCAUGAUGCAAGGCUCACAUGAUCUAAGAGCUGGCCACGUGAUCAGUUUUGGACCCUUUGGGUUUCAACGAUAAAGAGCAAUACUAGUUUUUGGAAGGGAGGGAGGGCUAGAACAACCCCCUUCACAGGCUUUACCAUCUCAGGCCUUUUCUGUCUGACUGCGGUUUGGCUUUGGUGUGUUCAUGUGCACACGAAAACCAUAUAUCAGCCUCUCUGCUGCUUUCUGCUCCGUAUCAGAGACAACAUUUUCAGGGCUGCGUGCUCUGGAGUCUUGGGUGUCUCACUGUUAGGGGUUGCGGAUUCUCUCAGGCAACGCAAAUGAGGGAGGCAGUGUGACCUAAACAAUCCCAGUUGCUCAGCUGCAGUUACAGGCUGCCUCAUGAGAACGCAAGCUCAGCAUUACCUAUUUUAAUCUUUCAGAAGCUGGAAAAGUCAACUUUUAUGUCAACUCUUGAUUUUUAAAUGUUGACAGCAGACCAAACCAAACAUACCUCAGGCUGUGUCUGUCCCAUGGGCCUCCCAGUUUGCAGCGUCUGAUCUGGAGGCAGACAAUAGGAAGAACCUUCCAGAUCCCUCCCUAAAGCCCCCCAGCCAAACUUCCACUGUCUUAGGGGGAGAGGGGCCUCACAAACCUGACUGGAGACCAGGCAGUUGGUGAGCAAUUCCUACCUCUUACUCUGCUGAAGAAAGGAGGGAGAGGGAGAGAAAAGAGAGAAAACCAGAGGGUCUUUUUAUUGGAAGCAAGAGUGGCUUUCAGAGAGCCCCAGGUAAGAGUUAAAGAUGAGAUCACUCAGGUGGCUCAAGAAGGGAAAGGAUUUAUUAGAUCAUCUAAGAACAGGGACCAAGGGGUAAGUGGCUGGGCUCAGUGUUCUCACAUUCAGAGGGAAGAAGAGGCUACAGUGAAAACCCACCUGUCUGCCUUCACUCACUUGGACUUACACAGCUUUGUGCUCAUGAAAAACAACUCCUGCAAGGAAGACAGGCCCUGAAUGCAAACCUAGGAGGGUGGGAAUGGCUUGUCUUUCGUAUCAGGUCUCCUGAGGGGGGAUCUCUGCAGGCAGAGCUCAGACUUGGUACCCAGGGGCAUCAGCCAGUCUGUUCUCCCGGAGCAAAUUUUGGGUCUACAAGGAAUAGGUAACGGAGGCCUGGCGAGCCAUUCUGAAUGUUUGCUGCCCCACAGCAGGGCUGCUCCCGCUCCUUGACGCUUCCAGGUGAUUUUUAUUUUUAAACAAGAUGAAAAUCCAAG